AACAGUUUGCAAUCAGCUAAAGAACCUUUAACUACAAAACAUUUCUACAAAAACCUAAUAAAAAAAAAUCAAAAUGAAUUUCCAUAAAGUCUUCAUCUUUGUUGCCUUGAUCUUGGCUGUGUUUGCUGGACAAAGUCAGGCGGGUUGGUUGAAAAAAAUUGGCAAGAAAAUUGAACGUGUUGGUCAACAUACCCGUGAUGCCACCAUACAGGGUCUUGCUGUAGCCCAACAGGCUGCCAAUGUAGCAGCCACAGCCAGAGGUUAAUGGAGA